AUGGCCUCGAUACGUGAGUCUCUCGACCGCGACGACCGCGAGGAUGCCCCAUUCCUCGAUCCCCCCAAUCCGAACACUCCCGGCCCGGCCCAUCGUCAUGUCAAUAGCAAGCCUAGUAUAGGCAGCCGCCCAGUGAAGGCCAAUGCCUCCGCCAGCGCUAUCAGUUUUCGGCUCAAGGCGACCCUAUUCGCCAUGGUCCUCGCAGUUGAAAUCGGCUUCGCUUUCUUGGAGGGCCCCAUGGUCCGGAUCAUGGAGUCUAUCGCUUGUCGCCAGUAUUUCCUGGGUGUGGAUCCGACUAAGAUCGGGGCGGAUGGACAAGUGCCGGAGGCCAUGUGUAAGAUCGGGGAGGUGCAAGCUGAACUGGCGGCUGUGAAGGGUUACCAUAUGUUCUUUGAUGGGUCACUGAGCGCUCUUUUGGCGAUUCCCUAUGGUCUGCUGGCAGACCGUCGUGGCCGCAAAUCUACACUCGCUUUGUCUCUUCCCGGGUUUGGCUUGAAUGCCAUCUUUACACUCGUUAUAUUGUGGUUCUCGGACAUCUUUCCUCUGCGUGCCCUUUGGCUUACAGCCUUGACAUGGUUGUUUGGGGGUGGUCCGGUGGUCUCUUUUGCGAUUAUCUGGACUAUGAUGGCCGAUGUAACGAGCGAGGCCGAAAGGUAUGCUAGCCCUCCAAUUUGGGCAUGGGUUUUAUCGAUGCUAAUACAGUGGCACAGAGCGGGCAUCUUCUUUCAAUUCGCCAUCGUAUCGAUGGGCGCCGACUUCGCUUCAAGUGCUUUUAGUUCUUAUCUCAUGACCUUAAAUCCCUGGAUACCAUUGGUGAUUGGAUUCGCAAUUGUAAUGGCCGGCAUGAUGCUCAUUUUGGCGCUACCGGAAACGAAGCAUGCACUGCCACCUCGGAAGCCUGAACCAACUCAUGUCGAGCUGUCAGAUCUGACAGAUGGCGCCCCCGAACCAAAGCAUUCUUUACAUAAUCUCAACGAACCAGAACCAUAUCGCGAAGAACCCGACAUGAAUGGUGAUCGUGAGAACGAACCACCCUCUUGGAGUAUCCCAUCGUACUCCCAUCGAUCUAUUCUCGCAAAAUUCCGCGCAAAUUACCGCUUUUACCUUAGACCCUACCGGUUCAUCCUCAACAGAACACCAGUGCUCCUCCUUCUCACUGCAUUCCUGGUUUACCGCCUGAGCCGAGGCUCAUCCUGGUUUUUGACGCAAUAUAUAUCGACACGUUAUUCAUGGACACUGGCACAGUCCAACUUCCUGGUAUCUGCUCGCCCGACCGUGUCAAUCCCGCUGUUCCUCUUCGGCCUACCAUUCCUCAAAAGCCGAGUCCUGAACCCCCGGCUUUCCUCGACAGAAAAAGACCUCUGGCUAGCGCGCCGCAGUAUAUUCUGUCUUACUGUUGGAACCCUCGGAAUCGGCCUCUCCCCAACCGUCGCGACCCUGAUCCCCAGCAUGAUCAUCCAGACCUCAGGAUCGGGCUUCGUUUUCCUUGCCCGCUCCAUCAUUACCACUUUGGUUGAGCGUGAUGAGACAGCUCGCUUGUUUACUGCGAUUGAGAUCAUCCAGUCGUUGGGAAAUGUGGUUGCGAGUUUAUCCAUCACGACCGUCUUUCAGAUUGGGUUGCGUCUCGGUGGGAUCUGGAUUGGUCUCGCGUGGAUGAUGACCAGUACGCUCUUCUGCUUAGUCGGCGUCGCCAUCUGGACUUUUAAACUGCCCCCAAGUCCUCCGUCACCGGACCUUAUGGCGGAGGAUUAUGACGGGGAUGACAGGGCGUGA